GUAAACCUCACCUUUCGAGGUCUGCCACCAGUGGUUUUAUUCGUAGUACGAACGAGCACAGUGAACUCUCCGACGCUAUGAAUAAAACGUCCCGAACGGACGAGCCCCUUGAGGGCGACGACGGCUACAACCAGAGUCCGAACCCGCUCUCCAACGACCUGACCACCAAUGAGGACUUCAAUGGAAUCGCCAAUAGUAGGGCCUUGGGGGAUCAAGACUCCCAAUCGUUGCAGGGCACAGCGUUGGCCGCUUUACAAGACACCGGAGCACGCAACACCACGUCUAAAAAUGACUCCACGAUCACCCACCAGCUGGCUUAUGGGACAAUUGACCAUGGCCAGCCCCCCGAGGGCGUUUUGCAAGUCCCUGCAAUCGCCCAACCCCCGCUUCACUCGCCUACCUCGGCGGGUGGUGAUGGUGAUGCCGACCAUCUCACACCGUUCCAGCGACUCAAAAAGAACGUCCUCACUUUCUGCUCCUUCAUCGGGCCGGGCUUUAUGAUUUCGGUUGCCUACAUCGAUCCUGGCAAUUACUCGACAGACAUUGCUGCUGGAGCUUCGUACCGCUUUCGCCUCCUGUUCAUUGUCCUCCUCUCCAACUUGUUCGCCAUCUUUCUCCAGAGUCUGGCUAUUAAGCUUGGCACCGUCAGCGGGCUCAAUCUUGCAGAAGCCUGUCGCGCAUUUCUCCCGCGAUGGCUCAACUACAUUUUGUACGUCUUUGCGGAGGCUGCAAUCAUUGCUACGGACAUAGCUGAGGUGAUUGGUUUUGCUAUCGCAUUAAACCUGUUGAUCCCUAAGAUUCCAUUGGUCGCUGGAUGUGCCAUUUCAAUCAUCGAUGUUAUGGUAAUCCUCAUCUUCUACCAGCCAGAAGGGUCCAUGAGAGCCCUCCGAUUCUUCGAGAUUUUUAUCAUUUGCUUGGUCAUGGGUGUAGUCGUGUGCUUCUGCAUCCAAAUGUCCCUGAUCCGCGACACGACGGCGGGAGAAGUCUUCAAGGGAUAUCUGCCAUCAAAGUCCCUGGUCGAGAAGGAAGCCAUCUACCAAGCCUGCGGCAUUCUUGGCGCAACAGUUAUGCCGCACAGCUUAUACCUGGGAUCAGGUAUUGUCCAACCCCGGCUGCGGGAGUUUGACGAGCAGCGUAGCCUUUUGCCUCGUGAGCUUGCAUCGGGGUCCUCGUCCGCCGACGACGGCAUCGACAAGGGCUACUACGUGCCGUCCUUGGGCGCAAUCCAAUACUCACUCAAGGUCUCGAUUUUCGAGGUGGCAAUCUCUCUGUUCACGUUUGCGCUCUUCGUCAACUCUGCCAUCCUUAUCGUCGCCGGUGCAUCGUUGUACAACAACCCCGAAGCCCUUGACGCGGACAUCUUCGGCAUCCACGAUCUGCUCUCCGCCUCCAUUUCGCCUGCAGCUGGUACUAUUUUUGCCUUGGCCUUGUUGCUCUCGGGAGUCUCGGCGGGUAUCGUCUGCACCAUUGCGGGACAGAUGGUUAGCGAGGGCGCGUUGAAUUGGAACAUCCGCCCUUGGCUCCGCCGUCUGGUGACUCGAAGCAUCAGUAUCACCCCGAGCAUUAUCAUUGCCGGGGCAGUAGGACGCCCAGGACUCAACGCCGCGCUCAAUGGGUCACAAGUUGCCCUGAGUAUCGUCCUGCCUUUUGUUACAGCACCGCUGAUCUACUUUACCUGCCGUAACAAGUACAUGACAGCUCAGCCUGGCAGAGCGCGGUGGCUGCUGGUCGGUAAGAACGACGACAACGAAGAGGCCGAUGUGAUCAGACGCACCGACCUCCCAUUUUCGACUACGAGUGGGGGUAUUAAGAUGGCCAAUUCAUGGUACACGACGAUUUUCGCAAUUCUGGUGUGGCUAUUCAUCGCAGUUAUGAAUGUGGCUAAUCUGGCAUUUCUGGGGAAGGAUUAGUGGGACUGGCGUCGAAGGUGCUCGGUGAGGAGCAGCUACGACCUUUGCUGAUGUUUUGAUUUCAUGUUUCGUUUCGCGUUGUUGAUUUUUUUUCUCCUGGAUGUCCAAUCGUCCUGUAACAUUCCUCGGCUGCAGCUGGCUUGUUUGUUACUUGACAAGUAAUCUAUGUAGGCGGGCGGCGAUGUUGGGCUCCAG